AUGCCGCGUCUGGGCGCGCGGGUCUCCUCGCUGCUGCGCCGCGCGGUUCUGCUGGCGGCGGCGGUGUGCGUGUGCGCGUGGGCGUCGCAGCGCGCAAGCGCGUUCCAGGCGGUGAUUGAGUUGACGCCGGGCGAGCGACGGUGUCUGGGGGAGCAGCUGUCGAAGCACGUGUUGGUGGUUGGCGAGUUCCACAUCACGUAUCCGCUGGCGGCCUCCGCGCAGGGCGGAGGCAUGCUCGUCGUGGCGCACGACCCGGUGAACUCGACGCCGAUCUUCAAGCAGCAGGGCAAAGACCACGUGCGGACAGCCUUCACGACGGCGCUGACCGGGACGCACACCUUCUGCGUCUCCAACACCGGCAAGCUGCGCCUCGUGGUCGACGCGCAGAUGAUCUGGGGCCCGGAGGCCCGCGACUACAGUCAGAUCGCCAAGGCGGAGCACCUCGACGAGGUCAUGGUGCAGCUCCUCCGCCUCCAGGACCGACUGAAACUGUACCACGCCAACGUCCUCUACAUGCGCGAGAAGGAAAGCAAGAUGCGCGCCGCGAGCGACGGUACCGCCAGCCGACUCAUGACUUUCUGCAUCGUCAACAUGCUUCUCCUCGUCCUCGCUGCGCUGGCCUCCGCCUACUACUUCAAACGCUUUUUCAGAUCCAAAAAAAUCAUCUAG